UCCAGCUAAGGUCCUAUAAUGAUAAGACACAGCUACAGGGAGCCAGCUGAACCAACUGGAGAGUUUCAUCAGCAAUUCCCUGGGGUAACUCACGAUGCAGUGCAUUAAAGACGAGAAUGAAUUCAAAACACUUUUGAAAUCUGCCGGCUGCAAACUUGUGGUGGUUGAAUUUUCAGCAAAAUGGUGUGGUCCUUGCAAAAAGAUUUGUCCUCUUGUUCAUGCAAUGUCUCUCCAUUACCAAAAUGUAGUGUUUGCUAAUGUGGAUGUCGACGAUUCUCGGGAUUUGGCCCACACUUGUAACGUCAGAGUAAUACCCACAUUUCAGUUGUUCAAGCAAACCAAAAAGGUGGGGCAUCCAAAACCUUGGCUGGUUUUUGUAACCAGAAUUUUAUACUGUAUUUCAUUAGCCACCAUCCAGCUGCCACCUGACUCUUAGCAAAGAGAGACUCGUACAGACCCUUCCUGACACCCUCCUCCCCCGGUGGCCAAGCCUAAGAGAACUUUUUUAGAGGAGAUGGCUGCAAACCAGACAACCCAGAUAAAUCAUGAAAUUCUGCACCCAC